CAAUAUUGGUGCAGAAAUGGGCCUCCCACAAACAAAAAUGUCUUGCCAAGCAGUUUCAAGCUUGCCAAAAGAAAAUUGAAGGACAACUCAAGGAUCCAAUCCAAUCCUCUAUUAAAUGAAUAUACUGUACAUGAGGCAUACCACACGUUUGUUUUCAUUGUUAUUCAUUUGGAGCAGGCGUGAAGUACAACAGAUAUUUAUAUUUUUUUAAAAUCCCCGUUUCUGUCGUCACUGGAAUUCCCCUCAGUUUCUGCUUGAGAAACAAUUCAAGUGUUUUUUUCCGAAUAAUUCAACACGAACUGUUGCCAUCUGGUGGGGCGAAAGUGCGGUACCAUAUUUUAGGACCUUUUGUGCGUAUUUUUUUUAUUUUUAUGAUAUUCGUUUUCGGGUCAUUGAAGGUGAGACAGUGGCCUUUGCAGGCGAGCUUCUCCCCCCCGGCAGCGCCUUUAGUUUCGUUUUUAACCACCCGCCUCCGUGGGUCUCUUCUCUUCCUGGAAGUUUUGAAUUGAUUAGACUUCGGUGCGGAAGUCAUUUUUUAGCUGUUUUGUUUGUUGUGGUCACGUGAUUUGCGGAAUUCUGGACUUGAGCGACCAACCCCGGGAAUGGAGCGUCAAGCCGAGGUGGAGGAUGAGUUUGUGUGCGCCAAAACGCUGCAGGGCGCCCUGAACUCCCAGCAGGAUACUGUGGAGAGAAUAUUCCGGGUCUCGUUCAUCAUCAACGCCCGUGAUCUGCACCAGUUUUCCACCGAGCAGAUGUGGCUGCGGCUGCAUGGGGCAAUCUGCGAUGUCGAAGCUGCAAAGCUAUUUGUGACGGGGCUUAUCAACCAGGAGGAGCAGCAGGAGUUGUGCUAUCCCGUAGCGCUGAACUGCGUCUUCUGCGGUGCCAGAGGACUCUUCAUGGACUGCAUCAUUAAAAGCACCUCAGCACACAUUGUGGUGGGCUCUCCGGGCUCCCUGCUCAUAUCCGGUCUUGCUGUGCCUGUGGUGCAAGCCUACUCCCUUAUCACCGAUUUGAUAGAGAGAUACAAUGGCACACAGGCUGGGUGCUUAGAGACGGAAGACAAGGCUUCAGAUGAAUUGUUUGAUUCUCGACGGGUCUUCAAAGCUCUGGUGGAGAAAUGGGAGGAUCGACAUAUCCUGGAUCUCUUGUUGCUGCCCGGAUCUGUAAAAGAAGCCCUGCUGGAUAUGGUGAAAGGGUCAGGGCUAGGGGCCAACCAGCCAGCAUUGCAUGAGGUUAGCCUCCCUAGGGUGACUUGCGGUGAUCCGUGCGCCACUAAAGAAGACCACAUUAAGACAACACAGAAGAUGGAAGAAGUGUUGCAGAUGAAAACAUCAAUGAAAGAGACCAAGGAGAGUGUGCAGAAGCCACCAGAAGCCAACAACGAAUUCACGCUGAUGUUGAAGUUCUUCACGGCCAUGGGUUACGCAGAAGAGAUUGUUACACGAGUCCUGAGCCGUACAGGGCCUGUGGAAGCUUUCCAGAUACUGGAUCUAGUUCAGCGAGAGCAGGAUUGUGGUGACAUGGAUUGUCAGAGCCAAAGGAACCUGCCAUGUGAGAUGGAAGAUGAGGUAGUGGAAGGUGAAGCAGGCAGAGAUGUGUCAAGAGAGCACGGUGAACAUCAGGAAGAUGAGGACUUUGUCUUGGGUGUGGUGAAGAAAGCCGCUGUGAGCUGCGGCUACAAGGAGCAUGAGGUGACAAAGGUCUAUAGCGAGUUGCCCAAUGGAUCCACUCUCCAGCUACUCCUGGAGCUGCAGAAGGAGGGGGGGAUCAAAAAGGAAACAUCCAAGGAGCGAGAAGCAGGGUUGAAAGUCUUGAUGAAGGAUGAGAAGGAGAAAGCUGGAAUGAUGAAGAGUGAUGGACCCUUGCAAAAUGAGGACAGAAAUGUUUCCCAAACAUAUCCAGACUGGCUCUUGUCUGAGAAAGUCACAUCAAAUCCUGACCCUGUCAAGGGACCACCCAUGACAAUGUAUUCCGCAUCUUCUGAUCCCUCUUUCCCUGAUGUAUCGAGCCCAAAACCUGUAUCGCCAAACCGCUCCAAGGAAGCCAGAUUCGGGGAACUCCACAGUUUGGCUUCUACUUCCUCAGUGGUAGUAACAGGGGAGCAGCGUUUCCUGGAGGGUCUGCGGACCCCCUUUGCUCUGCAGCUAAUAGACAAGCCAGGAAACCCCAAGCUGAGGACAAUCGUCAUAGAUGGGAGCAACGUGGCCAUGAGUCAUGGGCGGGGACACUUCUUUUCAUGUCGAGGCAUUGCUCUGGCCGUGCAGCAUUUUUGGGACCGUGGUCAUCGUGAAAUUAGCACCCUGCUGCCUCAGUGGAGGCAAAAGAAUGACCCCCGGAUCAGAGAGCAGCACUAUCUGGGUGAGCUGCAUAAACUGGGCCUGCUGUCUUACACUCCUUCCAGGAUGGUCCGGGGGAAGAGGAUCUGCUCGUAUGAUGACAGACAAAUGCUGCAGCUUGCACAGAAGACUGAUGGAGUGAUCGUGACCAAUGACAAUCUGAGGGAUCUCUUAGAUGAGUCGCCCGUAUGGAGGGACAUCAUCAAAAAGAGACUGCUCCAGUACACGUUUGUUGGCGAUCACUUUAUGGUUCCAGAUGACCCACUGGGAAGAGGAGGACCUCAUUUGGAUGACUUCCUCUGUGCAGAACACAGGACACCCAACCCGGGAAACCAUUCAUUUGCUGGUGUAGCCACCAGUGUGCCCCCUUUGAUUUCUCCACGCUCACAAACCGAAGUCUUGGACUUCCGAGACCGAACACUGGGUGGUCCGAUGGGUGCAGCAGGAGGAGAGAGCCAGGACGGGGUGGCAUGGAAAGGGGACCUAAAGCACAGAACGCCAGAGGACACAGCAAAGCUGAGAGAGCAUCUCUCUCAAGUGUUUAUGGGUCAGAGCGAUAUGGUGACGCUAGUUCUCGAACGCUACCCGGCGGAGACCAAUAUUAACGUGCUAUCAGAGUUUCUUUUAGAGCUUUAGGGAUUAAGGCUUUUUUUUGUGUCUGCACAUUCCCUGUUCAGCUCUGUUGUUCACCAUGACGUCCACUAGAGCUCGCACUGGUUCAUCAAGAAUGACUUGCAGUAUUUCUAAAGGACAUUCCUGUCGUGCCGCAUUUAGUACCAGAAACACAAACACACCAUUUUCUUCAUUUCUAGUAAUAUAGUUGAGUCGCGUUUCAUUAUCACCGGUAUUCUAUGAUGUGACUAUCAUAAGAUGUCUUUUCGUAUAUUGACACUUUGUGGAAUAUCAUUGAAAAACUUCAAAGAGGCUCAUCAAGUUAAAAUCACACUGGAGUAGUAGGUCGCUACAUUCGACCGGUUGGGUGAGUCUGUACUCCAGCUAUUUUGGGAACAUCGUCAUAGAUGUAUGUGCUACAUUAUGCACUAACGUGUAUUUAGGUUUUAGAUUUGUGUUGCUAUACAGCAUUUGUACAGUUUGUUGUUUGUGUAUUUUAUAAAGUGACUAAACGUUUUUUUUUUACCGAGGGCCACAAAGAGAUAAAUUGAAGUUUGUGAGGGGCCACUAAGAUAUUGCAUUUUAAUUCAUCAAAUAUGCUCAGCUAUUAAAUAAAUGCAAAUAAAAACGGUCUGCAACUAACUUUGCAGUAUCAGGGACCUUUUUUUUAAAAAAAAUAUUUCUAUUACUAUUAUUAUUAUUCCUGCAAAUAAAUCAUUAUCUUGUGGGCUUGAACAUAAACUAAAACUUACCAAAAAAAGGAAUACAUUGCAAGACACACUGUUGUUUUUUAAGGUGGCCUUUUGGCCACACUGUUUUUUGUUUUCAACAUUCAAAUACAGGUUGGGAUUAAUUAUGGCUGCGAGGAACCAAACCGAGGAACCCCAGGCUGUACCUUUGACACCCCUGGUAAAAGGCUUCUUUCAUGACCUUUGACCUUCCUCCAUUUUCCUCAGUUUUAUUUGCGAGCAAGCUUUCCUGCAAUCAUUAUGGGGUCUUAUUGAUAGGGACCUCGUUUAAAUAUAGUUUGUAUAGUUAGUCUGAUGAGACAAAAGUUGAACUUUUUGGAAGGUGUGUGACCCAAUUCAUCUGCCGCAUUUCAGAAAAAGAACAUCAUACCAAAAGUAAAAUAUGGUGGCGGUAGUGUGAUGGUCUGGAAUUUUGCUGCUUCAGGACCUGGAAGACUUGCUGUGAUAAAUGGAACCAUGAAUUCUGCCGUGAAGGUGAAUGUCCGUGAAUGCCAUUUGUUCAUUACCUCAAGCUGAUACCAACUUGGGUUCUGCAGCAGGACAAUGAUCCAAAACACGCCUGCAAGUCCACCUCUGAAUGGCUGAAGAAAAACUAAAUGAAGUGUGGAGUGGGCCUAGUCAAAGUCCUGACCUGAAUCCUACUGAGAUGCUGUGACAUGACCUUAAACCAGGGGUGGGCAAAUAUUUUGACUUGUUACAGAACAUAUAUUUAACACACACACUGUUUUAUGGUUAUAAUUUUCCUUGAAUUAUUUAUCUAAUUUUAUCUGUAAAAGUGUUAUACUAUCAGCUGUAUGUUCCCAUGUCCAUUUUUUCAGGAGCACUUUAAACAUCAGACCACAUCAAACUGGGUAAUUUCAUUUUACAGUUUUGUUGUUUGUUUUUUUUUUACUAAAUAAAACAUCCGACUUGCAAGUCACGUAGUUAAAAAGUUGAAAUACUUAGAAAGCAACUGGGGGCCGGAUUCAAACGUUUGGUGUAGUUUUCCCACCCUGGCUUAAACAGACAGUUAAUGCUAAAAAAAAAAAAAACUAAAUUACAAUAGUCCUGCAAAGAUGAGUAUUAGUUAAUUGCAAGUUAUCACAAAGGCUUGAUUGCAGUUGUUGCUGCUUUGGGUGGAUUUAGAGG